AUGCGGCACGGCGUGCGGUCGUCGGGCACGUUCUCGGCGUCAUGGAACUUGUGGAUCAUGGUCACCAUCGCCGUCGUCCUCGUUUUCUUCGGCGCAUGGGCCAUCUUUUCCCCUUCUAACAGCGCAGCCGUGGAGGCAGUGGCGGAGGAGGAGAUGGAGGACGUGGUGGGCGAGUCUGUCCUUCUUCACGGCCUUGGAGGCAUUGGCGGAGGAGGAGGUGGAGGACGUGGUGGGCGGGUUGGAGCCGUCAGUAACCCAGCCGUGGAGGCAUUGGCGGAGGAGGAGGUGGAGGACGUGGUGGGCGAGUCGGAGCAGCGGCUGGAAGCUGAUGUGAAAGUCGCCGAGGCGAUCCAGAGGGCGAAAAACCGAGCCAAGGCCAAGACCCACCUCUUUCCACCCCUCUCAACAUCCCUUCCUUGUCAGGAUGUGGCUGUAGAGGCCGAGGCGAGCAGCGGGCUGGCAGAAGAGACGGGCGCUGAAGGCGCAGGGGAGGAGGACGAACAGGGGGUUGAAGUGGCAGGAGGCGAGGAGGGCGGGAGUGAGGAAGGGGGAGGGGAGGAGGGAGGAGGUGAAGUUGGGGGAGGGAAGGAAGCGGGGAAGGGUGGGGAGGAGGAGGAGGGAGGCGGAGAAGAGGAGGAGGAAGGAGGUGGUGGAGGAGGCGGGAAGAAGGCGGCUGUGAGGGAGGAGGAAGGGGAGGCAGAAAGCGAGGAGGAAGGAGAGGAAGGAGGGAGUGUGGCGCAGAGGAGCAAGGGUGGAAAGGGAGAGGAGGCAGCAGGCGAGGAGGAAGAAGAAGUAGAAGAAGGGAGAGGCGGGAAGGGAGUGCAGGGGAAGAAGGGAGGAGAGGAAGAGGAGGCUGAGACAGCAGGCGAGGAGGGAGGGGAGGGAGAAGGUGGUGCAGAGGAAGGGGGAGAGGACAAAGUUGGGAAGGCUGCUGGAAACUCCAAGGUGCGUCCUUAG